AUGGAGGCGGAGGGCGGCACGGGCGGCGGCGGCGUGGGCGUGGGGCGUCGAAGGCGGCGGCCGCGAGGGGCGUGGGCGCGGGGCGUGGUGCGCGCGCCGCCGCCGCCGGCCGACGCCGCGUGGCACGCUCUCGCUGCUCUUCUCGUGCCCGCCAUGGCCACCUUGAGGCCCUGGCCGAAGGGCGGCGGCGACGACGACAGCAGCAGCCCCUCGCGGGAAGGCGUCGGACGCUAUGCGUCGGACGCCGUCAGGUCGCUUGGCAACGGCGAGGUCGCGUCGCCGCCUUUGCACGUGCCGUCGCCAUCGCCGUCGCCGGCGUCGGUGCCGGACCAGCCCCUCCUGGCCCUCCUCGUCCCUCGUUUAGAUGACGAAGUAGGCGAACGUCAGGUAGAUGACGGACACGAUGAAGGACGGAUGGGGAUGCCAUGGCGUACACCAGGGUUCAUGUACACCUGGUGCAUGUCCAGCUCCGAGAUGACCAGCCCGGGUCCACUUGCUGUAGUAGCACGAGAAGUUGGAGCCACGGAGCCGUACAGGUCGAAGAAGACGCGCUAG